AUGCUCGACUUUGAAGAUGAUGCGUCUAAGCGCGAAAAAUGCUACACCACCAUAGGCCAACUGCCUGCUUUUAUCGAUCCCAAGCAGCCGCCCACGAAACGGUCCCCCUGCUCGGCCAUCCUUGGCCAUCCAUUCGUUCACACGGUUGAAGUCAUUUUGCCAAAAGACAUUUUCUCGCAUGUGCAACCCCAGCUGCAAAAGCUGCGAUAUGCUAGAGUUUUUAUGUCGCUAUCUUCUCUGCUCGAGGGUGAAUUCUUCAAUACUUAUAUCAAGACCGGGAAUAUUCUCAUGAUAUCAGAGGGACGCUCAGGCUCAGACAGUGUCUUCACUCUUAAAGAUGGCAUCCUAAAAUUGGAGCUGAGCAAAGAAAUCUUCGAAAGAACAGGGCUUACAGGGAAGCCGGUUCGCAGCGGAGGAAGAAAGCAUGCAAAAGAGAGGUUCAUCGUGGAAAUCAACCUUCGACUUCCCUCCAUGCUUCACGGCAAGAAGGGCUUCGAGAGAAUUGUAUGGGCUUUCAAGAACGUUUUGAACCAAUCAGUAGCCUGGCUAUUCUUCGAUCUUACAACUAGCUCGGGUGGCGUUUCAGAAGAUGACCCCUCCCUAAAGGGAAACCAGCCCCAAAUCAUCAAUUGCCAGCCUAUUCUCACCGAGCACUCCAAUAUCCUUGUCCCUCCUCUCCCUGGAGCAGAAAUCACAGACGAGUCCCGCGGAGCCGCAGAACUAGAAGACCACUGCAACGAGCUCUCCGAAUGGCUUGCAAUGGUAUCCCUCGAAUCGCCUCGCGUGUCGGCUCAUGACGAUGUGGAUCCCUAUCUAUGUCGUUACAGUGUACCCGAUUUGGAUAAUGCAAAAUCCACCAGUCUUGUCAGCCUGAAGUGGCAAGGACUUGUCCCGUCUCGUUGGAUCAUCGAAUUAUUGGUCGCGUUAUUGAAGGAAACUGCUCCCAAGUCUCUUGCCCCGUACGCUUGGUUCGCGCUUUCUGCGAGUGCGCUGGGAAGAGAAGCCGUGGAGGCACGCGAUGGGUACACGGUUAUGGUGCUUCCGGCACAUGUGCCAAAGCAAGAUGUGUUGGGGGUGCAGGCAGAUAGUCCGUCUAAGGGUAAUGGCCGGCACUUCAUAUGUUGGGAGUACGUCGGUGCUUCGAUUCUAUGA